AUCAGUGCUCCAAAGAAAGCAGAAGAGGUAACGUCACACUUCUGUGUUGUCGCUUACAGUCUGUCUGUGCGAGUUGUUUGUGUCGCGGCAACUGUGAGCAGGCUAGCGGUUUACAGUCAGGUGGCUCCAAAAUGAAGUGUAUUCUAUUAGCUUCGAGUCUGAGUGUUUGCGCUGCAAAAUUCCCUCGGUGAACGCCUAGUUAUUAGAACUUUGGUAGAGAGCAAAAUGUGGCUGCCGAAAGUGAAGGCUGUUUUGUUGAAGAUAUUGAUGAGUGGGUGAAGAUGGAAGAUGAUCCCGAUGCAAGAGAGCAAAUUUUCCACAACACCGUCCGAGAAUAUGUUAUCUUCCUGCUGCUGUUCAUCCUGCUGUACGUGUCGGCGUUCGCGGUCAUCGCGCGCUUCCGGCGGCGCAGCUCGGAGGACUACUACGCCAUCGACGAGGAGGAGGCGACCGUCUUCAAGAUCAGCCUGUGGCUGUGCACGUUCUCGCUGGCAGUCUCGCUGGGUGCGGCGCUGCUUCUGCCUAUCUCCAUCCUGAGCAACGAGAUCCUCGCGCUGUACCCCAGCAGCUACUACGUACAGUGGCUCAACCACUCACUCGUCCAAGGGAUGUGGUGUAACAUCUUCCUGUUUUCCAACCUCUCACUGUUUGCGUUCCUGCCGUUUGCCUAUCUCUUCACCGAGUCGGAAGGAUUUCCUGGCUGCCGUAAGGGUAUCAUGGCGAGGGUGCACGAGACGUUUGUGAUUCUCGUGCUCCUGGGCGUGACCGUGUUGGGCAUGACGUACGUCAUCGCUUCCUUCUUCGAGGACCAACAUUCCACCAUCAUGGUUAUGUUCAAUUUAGGAAGCUACUACCUGCCAUUCCUGUAUUCGUGUAUAUCAUUCAUCGGAGCACUGAUCCUGCUGUUGUGCACGCCGCUGGGCUUCGAGCGGCUGUUUGCCGUGGUGGGGAACCUCCUGGUGAAACCGCAGUUCCUGCGUGACCUGGAGGUGGAGUUCUACGUGGCACUGCUGGAGGAGCACACGCUGGAGCAACGACUGGCUCGGACGCGCGCCUCGGGCGGCCGCGGGUACUUGUGCCCCGCACCCAUGUCGCCGGCGGGUGCGCUCGCCGAGGAGCCGCCCUACGUCGGGCUGCAGAACGGCGAGCUGCAGGCGGGAAUCGAGACGCGGCUGGAGGACGUCCGGCGCCAUCGCAAGUACCUGGAGGAGCUGUGCGAGACGUCACUGCUCCAGCGCAACAUCCUGUACCCGGCCUCGAUGCUGCUUCUGGUCGCACUGACGGCGCUGGCUGUCUUCAUGGUUGCCCAGAACACACUGGGACUGCUCGUAGGCAUCAAGGCGCUGCCACUCAGCCAGGAGGACUUCAUACUGGGGCUGCGGCCGCUGUCGAAGCUGGGCCCCGUGGGCGCACUGCUGGAGAUCGCCCUCAUCUGCUACCUGGUGGCCACCUCCUCGGUGGGCGUCUACACGCUGCCCGGCCUGCGCCGCGUGAAGCCGCGUCGCGCCCGCACGCCCUUCACGCACGUCGUCGCCAACUGCGCCCUGCUGCUCGUGCUCAGCUCUGCACUGCCGCUGCUCGCUCGUAUACUCGGCUUCACCAACUUCGACCUGCUGGGCGACUUCGGGAAGAUCCGGUGGCUGGGCAACAUGGAGAUUGUGCUUCUGUACAACGUGGGUUUUGGCGGCUGCGCCGCACUGUGCCUCGCCAACAGGUUCACGGCGAAGGUGCGGCAGGAGCUCUGGUCGUGUUGGGCACACGUGUUUGAGCAUGUGACAAGACCUUGUGCUUUAACUUUUGCAUGCUGGGCUGAAAUUGCAAAGAGUCUGGACGAAAUCUCUCUCAGGUUCUGCAGCUCGAUUGGCAUUUUUGAGAGCAACGAACCGUCGGCACACGAAAAGCACCGAAUACGGACCACCUCCCUAUCUGGCACAGGACUAAAGGAAGAGUAGCAGAGAAGGAACUGUACACUCAAUAUUGUGGUUGGAUUGUGUUAUGCAUCACUGGGAACAGAAUUAAAAGUGCCAAUGUAUAUAGCCCAAGCAAAGUAACAAGGAAGAAAAUUGAGAGCUUUUUUGCACUUAAAACUGGAAUCUGUUCAUGUUGAGGACUGUUUUAUAGGGUUAUUUUCCUGGUGGACGUAUGCAAAAAGAGUUAGGUGAAUUUUGCAAAUCUUUGUGGAGACUGCAUUUCUACCCUCAAAAUCAUAAAAAUUGCUCUAUUUGUGAGUUCAAAUUUUGAAGAGAGAGAGAGAGAGAGAGAGUGA